AUGCGUACGUUCAAGAGUGAAGCGAGUGGCGUACCGGGAGGCGAGUUGUUGUCUGUGCUGAUCCGGCCGGACGGCAGCCAGACGAAGUUGGAUAAUUGUGUGGCACAGGUGGUUACGGUACGCACGGGCGGCGGAGGCGGCGGCGAGGUGACGGCUUUGGUGUUGGCGCCUAAGAAGGCGUUUGAAACAGAGCUGGAGACGGUCGGCGAGCGAACGCCGUUGACGUUGGAAACGACGAUGGUGGAGGGCGAAAACUACGACUGGUUUGAGCAGUGGGACCGGAUGAUGGUGUGGCGACCAAAGGAGGGGCCUCCGAGAGACGCUCACGCGGAGGCGGAGCUGCUGGCCGCGCUGCGGCGUCAGCUGAAGCGCAGGGGACCGCGAAACAAGCCGGAGGCGGUUGACGCGUUGUGUCGCGAAGUGUUUGGGCAGCACCUACGCGACCUGCACGCCAUCCUGAACGGGAGUGGUGAGAGGCAGGAGGAGGUAAAUGACGUCACCGUUAGUGUGACGCGGCCGAUAGACCCGUCGGAGUUGGCGGAGCUGUUGGCGCGGGUGCCCAAGGACUGGAUGCCGGUGCUUCAGAGGUCGGCAGGGUGGACGACAGCAGAGUGGAGGACGGCGGGUUGGACGAACGGCGGAGACCUGGAGGCUGCACAGGCGAGGGCCGAACGCAAAACGAUGCGUCGAUGGUGCAUGGCCGUGGGGGCAGGCGCCACGGUCUUAUUUCUCGGAAACAUCCUUUUGCAAUCCUCGAAGUUGGCGCAGAUAGGGGCGACAGAAGAAUUCCCCUCGUUGCCGGGAAUGCCCGCAGAGUUGAGCGACAAGCACGCCAACUGGGCAGCCAGAAACUCUUUCCCGAUGACGACCUGCGGCAGCGGCCUCCUGCUCUGUGGUGAUCAGUGCAACGACUUCUCCUCCGGCCUCUGGCCAAUCGCCUUCGGCGAACCGUGGCCGGUCACUUUCCCUCUCGCCUGGAACAUCGCCCAGGCCACAGGAAAUCAGUGCGGAAUCACCUGCAAUACGGCCAAGGAAACAGAGACGGCUUUACACAAACGACUCAUAGCACACUUCCCGCUGCAAACUUCUUUCAACACCACCAUGUCGCACGAGCAGCGCGGCGUAGAGAUCCUCAAGGCGCUCGGCAAUCACCGCUGUUCCGGUCGAAACAUGUCGUGGCAAAAAGCUAGAAAGGACAGCACCGCCUGCGGCGUCUGCGACAUGGCCAUCGCCACUUGCCAAGUGGUUGCUAAAAAGAACCAGAGAGGCUACGACGCCACACUUGUCGACUUGGAAGCGCCCAUGACCAGGAUUACCGGUGCCUUCGCUGACUACCCAGAAGACGUCUACGAGGUCGGUCACUGUAGUUACGACUGUUGGAAUUUGAGUCCAGAGACCAGACAGACCGUAACCGCAAACAAGCUCGCAGAAGCCGCCCGCUGA